CCUUGCCGCCCACUUCCGCCCAGCUUCAGAGGCAGUGCACUCUUCGAUUGUUUAUGUCACUAGCGCUUUAAUUUGACCUUAAUUCACAGGUAGUGUGUUUGGCUGUCUGUGAUGCUUGGAGAGAGGCUGGGCUGCAGGGACAGGCCGAUGGUGGAAACAUGGCUUCUGAGUAACGCUUAGUUACUUUUUCUGCUCAGUAUGAACAGCGAGGAGGAGUUUUACGACGCUGAGACAGGGCUGGAGUCAGAUGAUUCCUGUGAGGUCAGUUUUAAAGAUGCCCUGGUGUUUGACAGCAAGCAGGUGACCGACGGCAGCACCACACAGGAGAAUGGAGUGUGGGAGCGCAGGAAAACCCUGCCUGCUGAAAUGAUCUCCAGAAACAAUUUCAGUGUGUGGAGUAUACUGAAGAAAUGCAUCGGCAUGGAGCUGUCCAAAAUAGCCAUGCCAGUUGUGUUUAAUGAGCCGCUGAGCUUUCUCCAGAGGAUCUCAGAGUACAUGGAACACACUCACCUUAUCCACCAAGCCUGCAGUUUAUCAGACUCCAUAGACCGCAUGCAGGUUGUUGCGGCAUUUGCUGUUUCAGCUGUAGCAUCUCAAUGGGAAAGGACUGGAAAGCCAUUUAAUCCUUUACUGGGGGAGACAUUUGAACUCAUAAGGGAGGAUGACGGAUACAGAUUGAUCUCGGAGCAGGUGAGCCACCACCCCCCUAUCAGUGCCUUCCAUGCUCAGUCUCUGAAGCAAGAGUUUGAGUUUCAUGGCUCCAUCUACCCGAAACUCAAGUUCUGGGGCAAAAGUGUGGAGGCUGAGCCCAAAGGCACCAUGACACUGGAGUUACUGAAACAUAAAGAAGCGUACACGUGGACAAAUCCGUUGUGCUGUGUACAUAACAUCAUCCUGGGGAAACUCUGGAUUGAGCAGUAUGGAACUGUGGAGAUAGUCAACCACAGCACGGGGGAUAAGUGUGUGUUAAACUUCAAACCAUGUGGGAUGUUUGGGAAAGAGCUGCACAAAGUAGAAGGUUAUAUUCAAGACAAAAGUAAGAAGAAGCGGCGAGUGAUCUAUGGGAAGUGGACAGAGUGCAUGUACAGCGUGGACCCCAAGGUUUAUGAAACAUACAAGAAGUCAGACAAGAAGACGGGAGGAGACUUGAAAAAGCCCAAACAGGAACAGAGUUGUGAAGGUGAGGAAGCAGAUGAGAUGCCAGAAGUUCAAGAGACUGUGACUGUGAUACCAGGAAGUGCCUUACUGUGGAGGAUAACGCCGCGGCCUACUCACUCAGCACAGAUGUAUAACUUCACCAGCUUUGCCAUGACACUAAAUGAGCUGGAGCCCGGUAUGGAUAGACUGAUGGCACCGACAGACUGCCGGCUGAGGCCCGACAUCAGAGCCAUGGAAAAUGGAGACAUAGAGACGGCAAGUACAGAGAAGGAGCGGUUAGAGGAGAAACAAAGGGCCGCACGCCGGGAACGCUCCAUGGAUGAGGAGGACUGGUCAACCAGGUGUGUGUGGUUCCAGCUGGGAACAAACCCCCACACAGGAGCUGAGGAUUGGCUGUACACAGGUGGAUACUUUGACAGGAAUUACACUGACUGUCCCAACAUUUAUUGACACAGGAGGUGCUCAGUGUGAAGAUCUCCUCACUGAUAGGAUUUACUUUGUUUCUCUCAGCAUCUAAGAUUUUGUGUCUUUGUGACAUCCAGACGCUCAGUGGUACUGUGUCUUUGUUUGAAUCAAUGAAAAGCUGAUAUCAAAAAUGUGAUCAGACAGUUUAUCAGAUUAUCUGCAAUUGACUGUGAACGCUGUCCACAGGAAAAGAAAAAAAAAAUAUUAAGGAGAAUUUUAGAGUUUACUUACUGUAAAUGUUGAGCAUCAAACAUCUUCAUCUUUAUACUCCCUAGUCAUGUUCUGAUGUUGAUAAUAAUCCACAUGUAUGUAACUCACCUGUUGAGGAUUUUAAACCAGUCACCUGUGUGAUCCCUGUGGUGCUGCUGCAGGACACAAAGCUCAGACUUCUAAAGGAUAUAUUUUCAGGUUUAGUUCAGGUACUCAACCAUAGCCUCACCUGUAGACACUCCACACACUUCUGUCAAGUUGCAUUCAGAUAUCAGGGGUUAUUUAAACACAUCUGCUACUUUUAUAUAUAACCUAUUUGAAUAUUAGAUGUCUAUUUUAGUUAGCACUAAACGUCUCUAAAACAUCACAAGUGUGAUAAUUUUCUGUGAAUAGAGACAUACAGUAGAAACAAAAGCUGCUUACAACCAUGUUUACUGCCACAGUAAACAGAAAUUGUUGGUGCAUUAUGUUGUUGUCCGCUGUAACAUAGUUAAUGUGUAUAAUAACUGGUGCAUGCAUGGUCACCAAAAUGAUUAUUUACACACUUUAAAGCCAUAAAAACAACUUCUUCUGCACUGAGUAUAGUAGGAUACUGUAAUAAUGUAUUCACAUAAAACUUUAAAGCAAAGGCAUACAGAGCGUAUUGGUUUAAAGCAGGGGUUUUCAAAGUCCGACACUGUGGGCUCCACCACCUGACAAUUGUUGAUCUUUUUGUCUAGAUGUUCACAGGGUCUCAAUGCAGUCAAUACCUGCAGAUGAAUGGAUAGAGGAGAGUAUCCGUGUUCCCAGAAUAUAAAAACCACAUUGAUGGGACGUUCUGAGCCUCAGUACUGUCGAAAAAUAUCAAGACUGCGACGUGAAAAAUUUCAUAUUAAUGGAUUUUGUAACCCCUAUUAUAAUUCUUUGUCUUAGUUAGAUUUGGGGGCAUUAUCUUGCUCUACGCUUUGGACAUUACAGCUCUAAUGAAAUGAGCUGUAAUGAUACGAUAUGAGAGCUGUAAAUAACACAAAAUAUAAUGUUGCCAAGGAAACAGUUAGUUACCUGUAGCCUACAACUUGAGCACCAUUUUUUUGUUUACAUUUGGCAAAUUGGCCUCAUUAAAUUUAUGCUGAAUUACAUACUAACAGUUCCUUUUCGCAAUUUACCCAUGGAUGUACAAACACCUAUCAAUGGUUUAGUUUGAUAUGGAAGAACACUUAAAAAAUGUGAUGAUUCUGAGGCAAGUUCUGGGGUUAUGAUUCUGUCAUUUCUAAUCUGACUUUUGGAUGUUUAUUCAAAAUUGAAGAAAUGAUACAUAGAAAUGAUAUUCUGGGGAAGUGUCAGAUCAGAUUUGACUGCGUCCCUUUGUGGAGGUGCACUUUGAAAAUCUCUGGUUUAAAUAGAAAGCUGUGUCAUAUUGACUCCUGAUUAAAGCUACUGUCUUCACAUGUGGACAAGUAACUCUGACUGUUUCCAGAGUAUCCAGUUUGAAUUCCUUGGUCAUUUUUCAAUAAAUCAAAGCUGUGUUUUUGGAUACAGCAGGAACGAAUAAGACAGGACACUGAAGGCACCAUGAACCUAUGCAAACUGAUCCAUCCAGUCUGCCCUCCUGAAAUGUGAAAAAUAAAACAAAACACUUAAUUUUUCUUUAGCUAGUAGCCAAUGUGUGCUUCAGACACUGCAGAGGCAGCGGCUAAUGAAUGUUGUGCUGAUGAUAUGAUGCUCACAUACAAACUGUACAGCCGUGUGGUUAUUAGACAGUGUAGAGAUGUUCCUUCUUGUUUCUGAGCACUAACCUUGCAUUAAACUGCACAUUUGACGGCUCACAGUCCUAUGCACAUAUUGUAUAGUGAAAUGUCCAACAUCACGUCUUCCCCCAGCUGCUCUCAACUUUACUCUGAAUUCAAAGCACUUUGUGACGCCUGCAGACACCUAAAGGUGCAGGUUCAGUCUGAUGGUUCCUUUGAUCUCAUACUCUUUACGCCCUUCUCUGUCUGUCUAGCAUCCAUUUGAAAAUGUUUACAUUGUAUGUUCAUUGAUCUGUUUUUCUCCUCCUCAUACUGUUAUCCACACAUAACCAUAUGCAUACAAGGUAUAUUUAAGAAAUAAAUUAUGGACUAUUGAAAUUA